AUGUUCAAAUCACUUCUCGCCAGGUCUGCCAUAGCGCGGCCGGAGGUGCUUUCGAGGCCCGCCUCUACAAUCACUCGACGAACGCUCCAUCUCGCUCCCCCUUUCCUCCUCGACGACUACAUUCCUCGCUAUCACUUGCUCUCCUCCGCCGAGGCAGCCAAGAAGCGUUCCGCCGCCUACGCUCAUCUCCGCCAAUGCAACCUCUGUCCACGUCUCUGCAAUGUCAACCGGUACGAGACCACCGGCCACUGCUUGAUCGGGGCAGAAACAGUCAAGGUAUCGACCAUCGCGCCCCACUUUGGGGAAGAGCCAUGUCUCCAAGGACAUCACGGGUCUGGGUCUAUAUUCUUCAGUGGCUGCAAUUUGAGAUGUGUCUUCUGUCAAAAUCACGACAUCGCGCACCAGAAGGUCGGCUUUGACCUGACUCCAGAGGAGCUGGCGGAGUGGAUGGUCAAGUUGCAGGAGGUGGGACAUGUGCACAAUAUCAACGUCGUGACGCCCGAGCACGUCGUGCCCCAAGUUGCAUUGGCUAUCCUGACUGCUCGGGAAAUGGGCCUUAAUGUCCCAAUCGUGUACAACACGAGCGCAUUCGACAGCCUAGAAAGUCUCAAGUUGAUGGAUGGACUCGUGGAUAUCUAUCUACCGGAUUUCAAGGUCUGGAACAACGAAACGAGCAAGCGGCUUUUGAAAGCCGAUGCGUAUGCAGACACGGCAAGAGAAAGCAUUCAGGAGAUGUACCGGCAAGUCGGCGAUCUGUGCUUCACAGCCGACGGCAUCGCCAAGAAAGGAGUCCUGGUCCGUCAUCUUGUCAUGCCGGGAAAGGAACAGGAAGGAGUGCAGAUCAUGAACUGGCUGGCAGAGGCUCUAGGAAAAGAUGUCUUUGUGAAUAUCAUGGAGCAGUAUUUUCCCACCGCCCAUGUUGGUAAGGAUAAAAGGGGCUCCAAGUCGGAUAGCUCGAGCAAGAGAUAUCCGGAAAUCAACCGAGCGGUCAGUCAUGAAGAGGUCGGCGUUGUGCAGAAGGCAGCGAGGGACGCUGGGCUUUGGAGAUUUGCUGAACCGGCCAGGCAUGGUGGUUGGAAUAUCUGA